GUCAGCUUGUUGUCGGCCAUUUUAUUUUUGUAUCGCCAUUUCGUUUCUUUUGUGAGAUGGAGGAUUGUGUGAUUUUAAAGUGAGACAGCAAGUAAAUCUUAAUUAUUUUGAAGUUUAGAUGAAUUGUCUAAGAAAAUAAUCAAAUUGGAGAGAAGUACGGGGAAUAAAAGGUAUGAGUGAUGAUUAGUAAUGUAAGUAAAUAGUUAGUACGGCGAAAUGUUCACGACGAAUGCCGUGCAAACCGGCUCAGUCCCGACGCUGCAGUACCAAGACCAGAAGACGCAAGGCAAGAAUAUAGAGAAUAGUCAGCAGAAGACCGCACAACAAACGCAACAGUCACAGCAGCAGGAAUUUCCCACAUUCUGUUACACCACAUCAAACGUGAACAUGAUUGGUAAGAUUGGAUCAGGAGCGACCAGUGCUGCCGGCGGAGUCUCCGGAGCCGUGAACAUCGCCCAGCUCACCACCAGUGAUGACAAAACAUGCUACAUUGCACAACCUUUUUCAUACAACUAUGCUCUGGUCAACCAGAUGCAGAUUGCUCCAAAUGGAAUACAGAAUACCAUAUCUAAUAUAAGUUUCAAAUGUGAUGUGUGUGGGCUUAUGUUUGGCCACCUUACACUACUUAAUGCACACAAAAGGAUACAUGCCCAGGAUUCAGAUGGCAACAUCACAGUUGUAGCCACAGGUGUUGGUGGCGGCAAUGAGGUCGCCAUGCCCCCUCACAUACAAAUUCUAUCUUCAGACACAUCUGAACAGCAACAGCAUCAUGUUCAGUUGCAAGAUACCAAACCCAUACUGGUUGACAAAGUUCAAAAAUGCAUCACAUGUGGAGGGCCCAUCACCAGUAACCCUAAGAGGAAGGGACCUAAGCUCAUCCGUUGUGAAAACUGCAUUGCACAAGAUUCUGUUGAACAACAAAGAAACAAUCAAUUGAACGCCACGCAGAUAUUCGUGACGUCAGAAGACAACGUCAAGUUUGAAGUGGGCGGCGUGAGCGGGGUGCAGCCCACCUCCGACCCCCUCGCCACGGCGCAGCCGCAGCAGCAGUCCCAGCAGCAAAAGCCUUUGCCCGGCCAUCAUCCAGUGAAAAAGAGAAACCUUGCUUCCGUGACCAAGUGCCAGAACUGCAACGGCUCGGGAAUCAUAUUCGUAGGCGGCAACAAGAAUAAGCUUAAUCAGUCCAACACUGACAAGCCCUUCCACUGCAAUAUCUGCGGCGGGUCCUUCUCUAGAUACUCCUCGCUGUGGUCUCACAAGAAGCUGCACUCUGGGGAGAAGAACUUUAAAUGUGGAAUAUGUGGCAUUGCUUUUGCGAAAGCAGUGUAUCUCAAGAAUCACUCCCGAAUUCAUACGGGAGAAAAACCCUAUAGGUGCAACACGUGUGGUAUGCAGUUCUCGCAGUCGCCACAUCUGAAGAAUCACGAGAGGACGCAUUCUGGAGAAAAACCAUAUGUUUGUGAGGUGUGUGACAAGGGCUUCGCGAGGCACGCUACGCUAUGGAACCAUCGGCGAAUCCACACCGGGGAGAAGCCGUACAAAUGCGAUACCUGCGGCUCCGCGUUCAGUCAAGCCGCUCACCUGAAGAAUCACGCUAAAGUACACUCGGGCGAGAAACCGUUCAAGUGCGACAUUUGCACCGCCGCGUUUGCCGACCGAUUCGCGUUGAAGAGACAUAGAGGAAUCCAUGAUAAGUAUGGUCAAACAACGCCGCUUCCAUCAAGAUUACAACAAAACCAGGCCGAGCUCGAGCAAGCGACGCAGCAAGCCGAUCAGCAGAACUCACAACCAGCCGUGGAAGUGGAGCUACACGGUGACCAGACGCUCUGAGUCAGAUAAUCUUUUUAAGUUUUUCAUACCCCACCCUACAUAGUAUUUUUUGGAAA